CUGAUUUAGUUUUUUGCUGGUGCCUGAUGGCAUUGCAUCUCACUUUUAUCUAACAACGGAUAAUGGCAAAAAUGAACGCCCAAAACAAUACAUUAUUUUGACAGCAAGUCGGUUAGCGAAUCUCACCCGCACAGAAUGUCCAUCAACAUCGACAUUAGACUCAAACGAGCCAGCAAAAUUUAUCGAGAGGGAGAAUGUGUCAGUGGUUUAAUUUUGUUACAAACAAACUCUGACAUAAAGCACGAUGGGAUAUUCCUAACGAUGGAAGGUGCAGUCAAUCUCCAGUUGAGUUCAAAAACUGUUGGUAUUUUUGAAGCCUUCUACAAUUCAGUAAAGCCAAUACAAUUAGUGCAAUAUACAGUUGAAGUUGCUCCAGUGGGAAAAAUUCCUAGUGGUAAAACAGAAAUACCGUUUGAGUUGCCUCUGAAACCUCGUGGUACCAAGACGCUAUAUGAAACUUAUCAUGGAGUUUUCGUCAAUAUACAAUACAUGAUACGCUGUGAUAUCAAAAGAAGUUUUCUAGCAAAAGAUGUUAGUAAAUCACUUGAAUUCAUCGUAGAGGAUAAACCUGUUAAAAAAGAGAAGGAACCGAAUAAGACUGUUUUCUUUGAGAUAAUGCCAGAAUCCCUUCAGAAUACUAGGGAUAGAGAUCGGAGCAAUGUUCCUAGAUUUCGUAUAUCUGGCAAAUUAGACUCACUUUACUGCAAACUUUCAGAUCCAUUAACAGGAGAAGUUAUAAUUGAUAAUUGUUCGGCUGUUAUCAAAUCUAUUGAAUUGCAAUUGGUAAGAGUAGAGACAUGUGGAUGUGCUGAAGGAUAUUCAAGAGAUGCGACGGAAAUUCAAAAUAUACAAAUUGGGGAAGGAAAUGUUUGUUCAGGACUUGCUAUUCCAAUAUACAUGAUUUUUCCACGGCUCUUUACAUGUCCAACUUUGAGUACUAGUAACUUCAAAGUCGAAUUUGAAGUAAAUCUUAUUGUUGUAUUUGAAGACGACUACCUCGUGACGGAAAAUUUUCCUAUUAUUCUUGCAAGGCACUAAAUAUUUCAAAACAUUAUUUUGUUAUCUGUACAGUUUUAUUAUACAUAUCUCAUAUUUUAUUGUACAUACGUCAUAUUUUGAUAAACCAACUUGAACUUGGAAAAU